UAAACUCACUUACGUCAGUCCCAUGAUGGCUGAAGAUCCUGGAGGAACAUUUUUCAAUUUCUCUCCCACUUUUUUAUUUUUCUCUUUACCUCUGCUUGUCAUAGAGACAUGGCAGGAUACACAGCCUCGAUAAGCGGCCACAGACCCUUGUUACCGCCAUGCCCAAGAAAGGGAACCGAAAACGGCUGAAAUUUCGGGCCGGGGACGUUUGCUCGGAGUCAGUGACAGUUGCUGAUUUCGCCAAUGCCGACCCAGCCGUUGUGAAGUCGGGGAGGGUAAAAAAGGCCGUUGCCAAUGCAAUUGAAAAAGAAGUGAAGAUGUUGUGUGGGCUAGAGGGGUCGCAGGGUUCCGUACAGGAGGUGUUCUCGUCAGCAGCCACCCUCACCGGAGACACCCUGGAGAGUAGCGACGACCUCGACCCCGGGGAGGAUGGAGAGAACGAGGCCAAACAGGCCCGCAAGAAGAAAAACAAGAGGAGGAAAGAGUGCAGCGAGUGCAGUGAUGGGGAGGACUACACAGUGGAUAUCUGGCUGGUGCUGGCUUCCUAUAUCCGUCCAGAGGAUGUGUGUACGUUUGCUCUGAUCUGCAGAAACGCCUGGACCGUCACCUGCACUGCUGCCUUCUGGACCAGACUAUACAGGCGACACUACAGUCUGGAUACUCACCUGCCGUUCCGUCUGCAGCCAGACUCCAUAGCCAGGAAGCGUUGUCUACGGGCUCGCGUGAUUCGCUCCCUCUUCCACCUGUAUGAGCCAUUCAGCUCACGUGUCUCCCUGAACCCCGCCCUCCCAGAGUCCACGCCCACCUCGCUACUCAACUCCAAGUGUCUGCUGUUCUGGGUCAAUAAGGUUGUGGGCACUCGACCUGAUCCUAUGUGGGAGUUCAACUUCAAGUUUGUGAAGCCGGCGGUGAGGUGUAAGGGUGGUAAUGCCACCCGGGGUCUGCUGCUGCCCCGUCAGUAUGAGGAGGUCCAUGCCAACCCAGACUCAGACUGCUACCUGCUGCAGGUCACCACCCUCAACUUCAUCUUUACCUCCGUCGUCAUGGGGAUGACCCUCGCCCUGUUCAACAUCAACGUGAGCACGGACAUGCGUCACCACCGAGUGCGCCUGCUAUUUCAGGACUCUCCCCCCCAGCGGGGGAGGAGGGGGGAGCAGGGGGGGACACAGGUGGUGCUGGAUCCUGUACACAGCGUGAGACUCAUGGACUGGUGGCAUCCGCAGUACCCUUCCUCCCCCUAUAUCUAAAACCCAUGUCUCAUCACGUGUAGAACCCUUUUACUAUCCCACACACACAUUACACCCGUUUACUCCUAAAACCCUGACUGUACUGUCUGCCCAUACACCUAGAACACCCAGUAUCCCCUUACACCAAAAACCAUCCACAUUACCCUGUCUCCCUGUACAGACAGAACCUUGCUUCAGUUCAACCUUCUACAGCCCCAGACACACCUACCUCCUCAGUACCCUAGCUCUCCAGAGACAAACCCUCAAUACCUUCCAAUCCCCUCACAUUGCCUACCCUCAGACCACCCUACAAGUUUAUGUUGAACAGAGACAAUGUCAUUUCUUUAAUAUGUCCUCCUUUCUGUAACUGCUAAAUCUUAGUUUAAGGCCAUUUUUAAACGGGAGACUUUUGAUUUUACAUUUGUUUGGCUGUAAUUCUAGUUUGGCUUUCAUGAUGAUUUUUCUGCUUGUGUAAUUGUAUUUCAUUUGAUACCUGUAAUCAUUGGAACUUUGUAAACCCCAGUAGAAGCCAGUCUUGGCUCAUUUCUAACGAGGUGGUAUUUGAAGAAUCAACAUGUAAUACCCACAGGAGACCGCAGCUCUCUUCUACUGUUCACUCGUCGUCCAAUCAAAAUGCAGUUCAGAACAUUCGUGUUUGAUUUUAGUGUGAAUAUAGAAGUUUGUUAUUGUGUGUAGUGGAAAGCAAAGCUUUUUGUUGAUGAUCAGACCUGAAAUUGCUUCAUUGUAAAUUAAUGUAUAGCUGGUUGACCUUGUGAGGGAUGUAUGUAUGUUUGGCUGUGAGAGCCAACCAUCAUUUCAGUCCCCGUGUAAAGCCUGUGGAUGCUGUCUGUGAUUGUUUGGUCAACCUCCUGUACUGAAAUACAACUGGAAAGAACCCCCUG